UCAAUGCAUACUAUUCACACAUUUGUGACGUAGUUGGCAGUUGUUGGCACUGUGUAUUUGCUCGUGUGGCUGGAUCAAGCAUACCAGUAGACGGGGGCUACAUUUUAUGCUAGCGGCUCCUGUUUUUGCUUAGUGUGGAAUUCAGACCAAGAAAUAUUUUGUGGUAAUGUCGACAGUGAGCCAUGUGUCAGCCUAACCCUUGAGGACCUCAGACAGUAACCAGUAAGUGACCACACACUUACCAGCAGUGCCCGGCUCAGACUACGAACAAAUCUGGGAGGAACCAUGGGGUGCGGGAAUUCAAAAUCAAAGGCGGUGGAUUUAUCGUCGGGUCAGAGGCCACUUGAGAGGCCGCAAGCUGUGCCGAACAGCAGCAACAACAGCAGCGGCGGCAACAGCAGUGGCCAGCAGAAUGGGGAUGCUUAUCCCAAACAGGCAACCAAGCCUGCGUUAAGCGUUCAGCCGCAGAGUCGAGAGACUGUGCCUCCACCUCAACCAGAACCAAGUUCAAAGAAAGAGCUAAGCGAGGACGAGGUAAAGAAGCGACUGGAGCGCUACAUGGAGAUAGAGAAGCAGGUGAUGGAGUGGGAAGCAAAGAACCUGCCCAAGUCACUACAGGCCAAGAAGGAGCGCCUGGAGGAGGUGAAGAAGACACAGGCAGAGCUGGAGAAUCACUACCAGGCCGCAUGCUCCAAAGUAGCUAAAGAAAAGGCUGACGUGGACAAGAUGCAGAACCCAUCAGUGAAGGCUUUCUUCAAGGAUCAGAAAGAAUUCGAAGAGAAAAUGUCCAAAGAACAGGAAGAAUAUCUGGAAGCUGUCAGCGAACAGGAAGUUGCGAAGAAACAGGUAGAUGACAUCCACGACCAGACAAAGGCGCUAGAAAAGGAAGUGCAGGAGAUGUCGAAGGAGAUGAACAAACUGCUGGCCCUUUACGAUGAACAGGAUCAGAUUUUGGACGACAUCUUCAGCGGCCACUACGGCUCGGAGCUGGAGAACCAGCUGGAGAUGGAGGUUGACCAGUUGCUUGACCGCAAGGAGCGCAUCGGGGUGGCUAAGUACAAGUGGAUUAACGGGCGACUGCUCCUGUACCACGCCUGUAACCAGCUGGCCUUUGCCGUCCGCCGCUGGCAGAUGCUGGGCCAGGUUCCCGGGAACAAUAUUCCGGCCAAAUACCAGCUAGCGACGGAAACGAGGAACAACCUGAUAGCUGCCAUGGCAAACAUCACCAGUGCCAAACGCUAUCUCAAUAAUAUUAAAUUCCCGUACUGUGAGACGGAGGAGAUGAACACGCUGGACAAGGCGUGUCGCAACAUCUACAUCGACAUGCAGACACACGAGCGACACAUGCAUGCUAUGCAAUGCUACAGCAUCACACACAGACGCUGCGCUGCCUUACUGCAGUGGUUCGACAAUGUAAUUCACAACACCAUUGAGAAAGAUCUGGCCAGGGCAAAGGCAGAACUGAGCCCUAAGGAGAGUGCCCUGAGACAGGAGAGACUGAGGCUGAUGAAGGAGAAGAUAGGCGGAGACACCAGCAACUUGAAGAUCUCCGAUAAAGCAUUUGUGGAAAUGCAUGAGGACUUUGACGAUGACAUGUUGGAGCCGGAGCUGAUGGCAAUAUCUCAGCCGGACAAGGUGGAAGGAGGAGAGAGCGGAGGGUUAACCCCAGGAGAUGAGGGACAAGCACCGGCCCCUACACCACUCCCACUCAACGAGCUCGCGCCUCCGCCUUCACAAGAAGAUCUGUUUGGCAACAUCGAGCAACUCAAGAAGCAGCAUGAGCAGGAGCAGGCUCAGUUGGAGAAGAUGGAGGAGACAAACAAGGCUCGCAUGGAGCAGGGACUCCAGGAGAAGCUGAGGAGGAGGAGGAGCAAGAGGAGGAGGAUGGAGACAGAGGAGUAGACGGAUGUGCAAGAGUUGAGGCUGAUGACGAGGAGGAGGAGGAGGAGGAGCAAGAGGAGGAUGGAGACAGAGGAGUAGACGGAUGUGCAAGAGUUGAGGCUGAUGAUGAGGAGGAGGAGGAGGAGGAGCAAGAGGAGGAUGGAGACAGAGGAGUAGACGGAUGUGCAAGAGUUGAGGCUGAUGAUGAGGAGGAGGAGGAGGAGGAGCAGGAGUAGGAUGGAGACAGAGGAGUAAACGGAUGUGCAAGAGUUGAGGCUGAUGACGAGGAGGAGGAGGAGGAGCAAGAGGAGGAGGAUGGAGACAGAGGAGUAGACGGAUGUGCAAGAGUUGAGGCUGAUGAUGAGGAGGAGGAGGAGCAAGAGGAGGAGGAUGGAGACAGAGGAGUAAACGGAUGUGCAAGAGUUGAGGCUGAUGAUGAGGAGGAGGAGGAGGAAGCAGGAGUAAGAUGGAGAUGGAGGAGUAGACGGGUAAGAGUGGAGGAGGAGGAGUAGGAUGGAUACAGGAGAAGAUAGAUAUGCAGGGAAAAAGAGGAGGAGGAAAGAGUUGGGAGGAAGAGAAGGAGUAGCAAGAGGUGGAUGAAAGAGAAGGAGGAGGAGAAAGAAGAGAAGGAAAAACGGAGGCAGGAAAAGAUGGACCGGACAUGCAGGGAAAAAGGUGGAGACUGGGAAAAGAAGAAGAAGGAUGGCAGAGAGGAGUGGGAUGAAGACUGAUGAGCAGACAGACAUGCAGGAGUUAUGUUCCUCAAAAGAUAAGGAGGAGAAGGAAAAGAGAAGGAGAAGGAGAAAGAAAUUGCUUUUUAUUUUUCUUAAUUAAUCCUUUGUUGUUUAUUUUUUUUAAAAUUCAAAUGCAAUCAGGUUUAUAAAGAUCGACUUAUAUUUGUAUUUUACUUUCUUCCUUUUUUUGAACGUUUAAAGCUCAAUAUUUAAUUUUGUUAUUUACUCAAAUUCACAGCACAGACUAAUUUUUGCUGUAACAGACCUCACAUAUAAUAUUAUAUUAUUCUUUUCUUGUCCACCCUCUGAGUGGCACAUGUGAAGCAAUUUUGUUUUGUUUUAGUUGUCAAGACCAUGUUACCCAUGCCUGAGUAUUGCAAUGUUGUUGUUUUUUUUGCAAUGUUUUUUUUUCUGUCUUUUUUCUUUCUUUCAAAAAAAAAAAUUUUUUUUCUUUCUAUUUUUUCCAAAUGAUAGUUUUAGGAAAUACAUGUACAAAAAUGGCCAAUUUGAACCCAGAUUUUUCAAACAUAGUAAACCCCAAAUAUUUUGAUUUGUUUAUUCUUUUUUUUUCUCACUGUAGUUUCUGAAUCUGUAGUAUCGGUUGCAUGUGCUCAAAUAAUAUUUUGUUGAAAAAAAUGUUCUUGUUGACAGAAAAAAAAAAAGAAAAGAACAAAUGUACACAAACUGAAAGGGAAUUGAAACAUUUAUUUUUUUUUCAAUUUUUUUUUCUCUCCUGAAAAAAUUUGCAUUUCUGGGCCUACGACAUUUGAAUAACUUGUCGGCUAAAUUAAUAUUUGGGUGGGGGGGGGUGGGGGGGUUGGUUUUUGGUUCCCUCUACAAUAGACCAUAAUAAUUGCAGUGUUUCGUUGUUUAUAUUCUUGGUUGUGUCUGUAGAACUUUGUCGGGUCGAGUAAAACGUGGAUUAUGUAAACUUCACAGGAGCGGAGAAAUUGUUUGCAUCAAGCAGAUUUCGUGUUAAGGGAAGUUGCAAUGCAACUGAUAAAGGGGAACAACCCCCCCC